AUGCGCACGCUUGCUGUGGCGUCACUGAAACGUGCUAAUCCUUUUCUGCAUUCCAAGGCGCUAUUUUCCGUUCCCAGAAUGCCGAUCAGCACGAGUCAUGCGCGAGAAGCGGGAGAGCCUGCAUUUCCUGUAGAAGGGCUGCUGCCGAAACAGGCGACCAUGGCGGAAUCGUUUCUCCAACGGUUUCCCAAGUACAAUGGGCGCGGAGUUCGCGUUGCUGUGCUGGAUACUGGUGUAGAUCCAGCCGCAUUGGGCCUCGAUGGCCCGAAUAAGGUGGUCGAUGUGAUCGACUGUACCGGCGGCGGCGAUGUUCCGCUGCGUGUUGUCGAGGCGCAAGCGUCCAGUUACGACGACGCUUUCGAGGUCGUCUCUCCUGAAACUGGACGCAAAUUGCUUGUUUCACGCAACUGGUCCAACCCAAGCGGCGUGUGGAACGUCGGCACAAAACGCGCCUAUGAUUUUUGGCCGUCGGAACUGGUCCAGCGGCGCACGGCGCAGCGUAAGCAGGCGUUUGAUGUGAGCCAUGCAGCGCUUCUGCAAGCGGCGCGCCAAAAUCUGACUGAAGCUGAGCAGGACAAGACGGCUGAGGUCAGUGCGCAGCGCAAAGAAGAGGCGCGCGCGCAAAUUGAGGUGCUGCAGGCGCUGCAAAAAUCGUGGCACGACCCUGGCCCUGUCAUCGAGGCUGUCGUAUUCCACGACGGGUCUAACUGGCGUGCUGCGGUGGGCGGCGCCGAGGGCGAUGUGCAUGAUCCUAGCGCGGGUGAACCGGUCGCGCAGCGUGCCAACAUUGUGGAUUUGCGCGCCUCGCCUUGUCUCACUGAUUUUCGCACCGAGCGCGAAUGGGCUUCAUUUGGCACGAUGGACUUGCUCACCUACACGGUCAAUAUCCUCGACGAUGGCAAGCUCCUUUCGCUCGUGACACUCUCUGGCACGCAUGGUACGCACGUAGCCGGAAUCAUUGGUGCAAAAACCGAGGAAGAAGCGACGAACGGCGUCGCGCCUGGUGCCGAGAUUGUGAGCCUCAAAAUUGGCGAUGCACGACUUGGAAGCAUGGAGCAGGGCCAGGCGCUCCUGCGUGCGGUACAGGCCCUGGUCGAUACACAGUGCGAUGUCGCCAACAUGUCUUUCGGCGAGGACGGCGGUUUUGGCGUCGAAAACAAGGGCGCGUUUGUCGACGCCCUCAAGCGUGUCAUUCACGAGCGCGGACUUUUGUACGUCAGCUCUGCAGGGAACAAUGGCCCUGCGCUUACCACCGUCGGCCAGCCUGGCGGCACUACGUCCGAUGUGCUGAGUGUCGGCGCGUAUGUCAACGCAGGCGCGAUGCAGCGCGCAGAGUAUGCGCUUAUUGACGACGAUGUGCGCUCCAGCCCCACUACCUGGAGCAGCCGCGGCCCUACCGCCGACGGCGCCGACGGCGUCUCGAUUUACGCGCCUGGCGCAGCGAUCACUAGCAUCUGUAAGUAUGCGCUGCAGUCCAAGCAGCUGAUGAAUGGCACUUCGAUGAGCAGCCCCAACGCUGCCGGCGCCGUUGCGCUGCUUGUGAGCGGCCUCAAAGACCAAGGAAUCCCUGUCACGCCCUGGCGUGUCUAUCGCGCCAUCCAAGAGACCGCACAAGACGUUGCCGAUCCGCUUGGUGUGCGGUUCAUCGACGUAGACAAGGCGUGGGAUUAUCUGAUGGAGCACCGCGACGAUGCCUACGCCGAUGCACGAUUCGAUGUGCACAUAACGCCCGCUGGCAAGCCGCUGAACGGCUCGGCGGAUAUGCGUGGAAUCUACCUCCGUGAAGCCGCAGAGACACAGCGUGUGAAUCAGUGCACCGUGCACGUCGCACCAAAAUUUAAAGAGGCUGAUACGGAACGCGCAUUCCACUUGGAGAUCCGCGCGGCACUGAAAGCGAGCGAGCCUUGGAUCCACGUCCCAACCUUCCUCGCCCUCGGCUGCAACGGCCGCUCGUUUGAGGUGCGUGUCGCAGCGAAUGAGCUGCCUCCAGGUCUGCACAGCGCGCGCAUUUCUGCGUACGACACAAAUGACCAGCGGACGAAACUGUUUGAUAUCCCCGUGACGGUGGCCAAACCCGUUAUCGCUGGCCCUACCUACCAAUUCCCCCACGUCCGUCUCGCCUCGGGCCAGAUGCAGCGCCAGUUUGUGCAAGUUCCGCACGGCGCGACAUGGGCGCAAAUCCGACUGCGCAGUACGCGGCACGAAAUUACUGGUACAAGUGUGCGGUUCUGGCUUCACCUUGUCCAACUCGAGCCGCAAAAACGGCUGAGCAAGGUCGAGGAUGCAUUUAUCAUGGCGCUCAAUGAGAACGAGCCCGUGGCAAAAAAGAUCCAGGUGCGUGGUGGUAUGACACUCGAAGUUUGCGCUGCGGAAUUCUGGUCGAGCAAGGCGGGGUUCGACUUGGACAUGGAGAUGGAGUUCCACGGUUUGCAAGUUGGCCCCAGCAGCACGGAAAGCGGUGUUGCGCUUCUUGGAGGCAGUGGCAUGGGCAGAGUAGAGGUGGCGAGUAUGCUGCGUGUCGAGGAAUGCAAACCCCAAGCGGUGCUCGAGAAGCGCCGCUCGUUUGUGCGGCCCUCCAAAGCAGACAUCCGUCCGCUUCUUGCGCCACGCGACAAACUUCCUUCGGGCCACCAGCUGAAUGAGCUCGUGUUGAUGUAUCCCCUUUCCUUCAAAGAAACCACCACAUUUACCUACAGCCUCCCUGUUUCCGGUAACCUGUACGACAACAGCAUCUCGCUCCUGGUCCAAAUCGUAGACAGGAACAAUGCCGAGGUCCACUUUGGCGAUAUUUAUCCCAAGGAAGUGACGCUCCUGCGCGGAGACUACACCGUCCGCGUUCAAGCAUUGCACUCCUUUAGUGCCGUGCUGGAAAAGAGGCGCAACAUGGUAUUCCAGAUGGACGAAGCGCUCGUAAAGCCAAAAGAAGUUGUUCUGAACAUGUACCGCGAUCAAGUCGACCUGUUUGGCUCUGUCGACGACGGCAAGCUCGACAUGUUCAAGCUCUUGCCGGGUGAGCGGCGAGUGCUGUGCAUCGAUACAAACUUGGAAGGAGAGAAUUUGCCAGCAUCAGCGCCAGGCGACGUCUUGCUGGGCUCUUUACGCUUUGGGGGGCACGACAAGGUGCCUCUCCAACUCGUCGUCCCGCCCCCGCCUGUAAAAGCCAAGGAGGAUGCGCCGUCUGAUCCGCCCCAACUCCCUGAGCUGCUCGCCGACGUCGCGAAGAAGUUGCAAGGCGACGAUCGCCAGGCAUUCCUCGAUGCAGUCACUGCUCAGCAUCCGGACAGCCUUGAUAUUCUCGAGGCGCGGCUCGAAGCGAUCGCCGUCGACGCUGUCGAAGAUGCAGAAAACGCCAUCGGAGCAGCGGAUGCCAUCCUUGCGCAAAUUGACCAGGACAAGCUGCUGCUGUGGCUCGGUGCAAAGCAGCCGCCAGCGUUGGAGCAAACGGCCGAGCAAAAGCGCGUAAGCAAGCAAUUCCACGCGCAGAAAAAAGCAUUGGAGCUUGCUUUGACGCGCAAAGCAACGGCACAGCUUCUUCGCGGCGACACUGAAGCAUUCCAGGAAACGCUGCUGCAGUCGCGCAAGUACAUGCCCGACACCGGCAAAGACUCCAAAGCACAGGCACUGCACUCGAACCUCGUCAUUGCGUGGCACGAGAACAAUGGCCGAUAUGCACAAGCGCUGCGCGCCGUGCGCAAGCUCAUCGAAGAGUUGGGCCACGGCACCGAUGAAACGCUCGCGGAGCUGAAAAAAGCGCGCGCAUUGGAGCGGUCCUUGCUCGAGAAACUUGGCUGGGAUGUAUGGGCGGCGUAUGCACAGCGCUGGUCCUGGCUCCAAGAGCAUGCAGCGCCGGCGCCAUUUUAA